CUUCGCCUGCCUCCGCCUCUCUCAGCUGGCUUGAAGGCUGUUAUUGUUGUUGCUAAAAGAUUAGUGGACCAGCUGGUUGCUCUCUGGAUUUAGCCCACAUAUGCCUGGUUGAUUUACAAGGAGUUUACUGCCCGAGCUACUGAGAUGGAAGAGGCGCAGGCCCACCCCAGUGUAGUUUUCCUGAAUGUGGCCUCAAGUUAUGUACCCCAUGCCAAGGUGGAGUGCCACUACAAUCUGCCACCUGGCAUGAAGCCAUCCACCAGAGACUGGAUUGGGAUCUUUAAGGUGGAUGCUUCUUCAGUACGUGACUAUUAUACCUUUGUGUGGGGUAUAAUGCCAGAUGGCGGAGCUUCUGAAGGAACCCUUCAUUGCAGUGUCCAGUUCCAAGCCAGCUACUUACCUAAACCAGGUCCCCAGCAAUAUCAGUUCCGUUAUGUGGAUCGCCAUGGUGAGGUGCGUGGUGAAAGUUCCCCUUUCCAGUUCAGCGAACCCCGUCCCAUGGAUGAGCUCGUCACUCUAGAGGAGGCCAGCGAUGAUGGAGGGGGAACUGACAUGCUGUUGGUGGUUCCCAAGGCCACUUUACUUGAGACUCAGCUGGAAGAGAGUCGUCAGGAGCAAGCAGCCCUGUUGCGUGAGUCCUGCCGCCUGAAGGAAGAGGUUCAAGAACUGAGAAGCCGCGUGGCAGAGCUAGAGGCAGUGCUCAGCACUUUGCGUGAUGAGCACACCAAGCUGGCUGCACAAUACAAGGAACUGUCAAGUUCUUAUGCAGAAAUCUCCAAGCAGAGAGACACUCUAAGCAUUCAAGAAACUGAGCACUUGGCCCGAAUCCAGGAACUGGAGGGCGAUAUCCAGGCGAUGGGGGAGAAGAUGCUUCAGAGGGAGACGGAAUUAGACAGGGUGAAAGAUACAGUCAAGUCUCUGUUGAGGGAGCAGGAGCACAUCCAUCAUCAGCUCAAAGAGGAGAAUGCUGAGAAAGAGCAGUACCAGGUCAAGCUGCAGGCUUCCAAGGAGGAGAGCCGUAACCUGGCCUCUGAUCUGCAAGAAGCCAAGUCUCGUCACGGUGAGAAAGUCUCCCAGGCUCUCAUGCUGCAGGAGGAUAUUCAGAAGUUGCAGCAGAAGCUGGCAGCCGCUAACCGACGCACUGCACAGAUGGAGUCCUUGUGUGAACAGCUACGUGCCACACAGGACAUCCUUGCUGCCAGCCAGCAGAAAGUGGCACUCUUAGGGGAAGAGCUAGCCAGUGUGGCCUCCAUCCGAGACCGCACCAUCUCUGACCUCCACAAGAGCCGCCUUGAGGCAGCCGAGGUCAACAUCAAGCUUGCUGACAUGACCCUCAAGUGGAAAGAAGGCAAAGGCCAAUGGUGGAAGGAGAAAGCCAUGCUGUUGCAGAACGUGGAGGCAGAGAAGGAUAAGAUCCUGAAGCUGAGUGCUGAGGUUCUGCGUCUUGAAAACAGCUUGCAAGAAGAGCGGGCACAGCGCCAGGUGUUGCGUAUGGAGCUGGCACAGGAACGGGAUGCCAGUCUGGUUCAGGUCUCUGAGAGCCGCCGGGAGCUACGGGAGCUACGAGCUGCCCUACAGGUUGCCCAGAAGGAGAAGGAGCAGCUGCAAUCUGAAAAGCAGGAGUUGCUGGUGUACAUACGCCACCUUGAAGAACGUCUGGAGAAAGUAGCAGAUGAGAAAUGGAGUGAAUCAGUUCUGGUUGAUGAAGAAGAGACAGCUCUGGAUGCUCCUGGCUCCCUGGACUCCCCACUGUCUGGCUCUGAGGACGAAAGCCCUGAGGACAUGCGCCUGCCUGCACAGCUCAGUUCUUACAGCCUGUGUGACACCCGGGCAGUGACCACCACGCCACCCUGUGCCCAUGGUCCAUCUCACACAGUGGUGAUUAGCCAGCCUGCCCCUAUUGCCAGUCAGAUCAAACAGCCACCCGAGGAUUCCAGUUCUGACUCGGAAGCAGAGGAUGAGAAGGCAGUUCUGAUGGCAGCUGCCCAGAGUGGUGGUGAAGAAACCAAUCUACUCCUUCCGGAGCUGGGCAGUGGCUUCUGCGAAGUGGCCAGUGGGCUGACAGGGCGGCAGAUGUCAGAACCAUCUGGAAUGGGUGCAUCUCCCUUGGACCUGCCCUCACCAGGCUUUUGGAAGGAGUGUCCCAUCUGCCACGAGCGCUUCCCACCCGAGAGUGACAAGGAAACCGUUGAUACGCAUGUUGAUGGGCACUUCUUUUUUAGCACCCAUGACCCCUUUACUUUUGAAUAAGCUUCUUGUCUCCAUCAUGACUAUCAUGUCCCCUUGUUUUCCCCUCUCUCGUUUCAGUAGGAUUCAGGCUGGUUCCUUCCCUCUCUUCUUGCUUCCAUAGAGUGUUUGUUAAGAUGAAUGAAUUAUCCUAGCACAAUUCCAUCAUGUGGUUGGUGGCUGUAAAAAAACUGUUGUCUUCCAGGGGCCCUUUCCAAGGCAGGACAGUCAGAGCCAACUUGCAUCAGGAGUUGCAUCCUCAGGGAUGGGAACCAGGUGAUAUUAAACUGUAGCAGGAUGGGCUACUCACCACCAUAAAGUGGUAGUUGCGCAGGGCAUUUGGUGCGAUCUUCUACAGAUAUCCACAAUCACUUUGGCUUCUUGUUUGCCUGCCAAUUUACUACUGGCUACCAGAUUCUUCAAAAUAUUUCUAUCUGCAAAACCCACCAGAUAUAUGUAGGUCCUCCCUGUGUCUAUGCUGAAUGAGCUUUAUGGUUCCUAGGCCUUGCAAGGAAGUCAGCUGUUUUCACACUGCCCAGUGACCAUCAGAUCUCCUCACUACAGAAGGUAAUGGUACUCUGACAUUUGCCCUAAAGGGACUCUGUAGAUUUUGAAGAAAAUCAGGAGCAAUUGCAAUUGAGAGACAAUAGGCAAGCAAAUGGGGACAGGGAGGAAGAGGCUUCCAUUUUCCUAUCAGUGGCAGCUGUACUGAGAUGGAUGGGAGGGGAAGGCCUUUAAGAGUUGUGUCUGUAUUGGGUCUCCAGCCAACCAUACAGUACCAUAUUUGGUUCUCCUUUUAUAAGGACUGCUUAUCCCUGGCCUACAGGACCAAUAAGGUUCCUUGUGGCUGAUUGCAGCUGGAAUCCAACCAUACCUGGGGAGUUAUAGACUCUGUACUCCUGCAAUAAACCAAAAGUUGAUUUAUAACCAGAAAUUAAGAAAAUGAAUUCCUUGGUUAUAAAUACUUGGCUGAAUUUACGCAAGUGUUUGGGGAGAAGAAUUUGAGGGCAGAAGUGUUCAUGUUUAGAGGGCACUUUCCCUCUCUUCUCCGUGUUAAAUGGAACAGCUUAGCAACAGAUGGAAGCUCUACCCACCUCUUGUUCAACUCCUGAGUAUGUGAAUAGAAAGAAAGCAAAUGGAAUGCAAAUGAAUGGAUUGUGUAUUUAUUGGUUUAGCUAACUGGUCCUUCUUCCCACAAAGUCUCAAAGGAUUUUAUUGCUUAUAUUUAUAUAUUAUACGGCAUUGUAUGUGGGCUUUUUUAAAUAACAGUUAAAGCAACCAGACUAGCAGACAUGUAAAUUAGAAUAAAACAGAGAAGAGAUUCCAUAAAAUCUCUUUCUGCAUGUCUUAUCACCACCAGGGAACAAAAUUAUACAAAUUCACAGGCAAGGUUGUUUUUCUCCCUUAAACAUGAUCAAUAACUUUCUUAAAUGUAGCUGUUACCUUUGCAUAAAUAGCAAAAAGCCAAGAUUAGUUAUUCUAUUAUAAUUCCUGUUCCCAAAUAUUCCAGUGAUAUUAUUUAAACUGGGGAGGGAAGGACAAGAGCAUUACAGUAAUGUACAGUAACAGCCAGUUCUCUCAAGGAAUUAAAAGUGGUGGGGAAAGAUAUUCACAAGAGAUACUUCUAAAUUAGAAGUGAACCCAAGUGGUUUUAAUCGUUAAUACUCUGUAUCUCCCACCCAAACAGCAACCAAUGUGUUUUGUUUCCAAAAGAAAAGGACAACAAAGUGAAUAAAGAGCAGGAAAAAAGUAUUGGCUAUUGCACAACAGAGAACCUUGUAGCAUGUGAUUAAUUGAUCAGAUAAUUAAUUGAUCAGAUAAUUCACCCUGAGGAUUAGCAAGAUGAAUAGCAUUUUGACUUGGUAUUAAUAUUAUUAGUAUUAAGCCAAAAUACAUAUAUUUUUGAGCUAAGAACAGUGCAUCUGGAGAAAACACCCAAGCAUGCUUUUAAAUCCUUCCCUUAUCUACAUGCUUUUGGAUCACGGCUGUGUGUCAAUGUACUUUGGCUUCAGAUCUCCAUAUUCUAACCACAGAAUAAAUUAAGCACAUUAUGCAAGUCAGCUCAUACUAAAAUAAAUUAUGCUUCCCGAAUAAAAGAUAGCAAAAUGAUAGAAAAACCAAAUUAAACUACUACAAAAUAUAAAGUCCCAGGUUAGCUUUAAUGACUUAAUUUAUAUUGGCACAAAUAUAUAUUACAUAUUAAUUUAUAUUAGCACAGAUUUCAUCAGAAGUAGCACAAAACCAAUGUAGCAUCUUUUGCAAAGAAUGUGAAUAGCAGAAAAAGGCAGAAACUGGAGUUAGAUGAUGUGAAGGGCAGGGAUGUUCUACAAUAGCCAAAGAUAAAAACCAAGUUAUGGAGAGUGCUGACACAGACUGCAGAAACAUGGGGCCUCAUCUAUCAGAGUGAAAGGAACCUUGCCAACCCUAUUUAGAUUCUUUUGCCUUAAAGUCUAGAAAUAUGGGGACCUUUUUGGUUUUGCAUUGUAUCUGCAGUUCUGAACUGUUGGGAAUGUGGAGUUGGUCCCUGGCACAUCAUUUAUAAUUUGGGGGUUCCUCCCCCUUCAGAUUAUAGCUUUUGAUGCAAACCUCAGGUGAGGUGCUGGGGAUGCAUCCAUAUGCAAUGCUAGUUCUGACUGGUAGGAGUAUAGAAGCCCACCCAUACUUCCAGCAUGGUUCCCUCUCUUGGACAAUAUCUGCAACUAAUCCACCCACGGAAGCCUAAUCUGAGACACUACUGCUGGACUGCACCAUUUUAAACUACAGGUGGGGGAUCCAGUGUUCAUACGAAUGAACAAAUCUCCCUCUGUGCAAAAAAAAAAAUAUUACUCCCAGCAUGACACCGGGAAAGGUUCUAGGGUAACGUUCCAUUGAUGUAAAGGGAGCUUGGAGGAGCAUUGGAACCUGAGACAUGCCACCAGUAAUUUGAUUUGGUACCUUCUAGAAGAAGCUCUCAGUCAUGAUUGUGCUGCAUGAGUAAAUGAGCUCCAAGACAUACAAGAAGAGACAAGGAUCCACGAUGAUUCUAUCAUUUGACAAAUGAUGGUAGUGGAUUUACAUUCUGGAAUGGAUAAGUGCAAGGGGGCAAAUGUGAAGGUGGUUCUCAACCAGCCACAGUUCCUUAGGUAGACUUGGUGUUUUGUUUUGUUUUCUUUCCUUAAGUUGCUCUUUCCUGGUGCUGCCCUGAAUCUAUUGCUUCCUCCUCGGCGUGCUGCCUUGUGACUACUGAUGCAUGUGUCUCCCUUCUGUGAGACUGCACCUCUGGCUUUGGUUUUCUGUGUGUGGUUGCCUCCCCUUUGACAUUGUAGCCCUUGUAUAUAUCCCCACUUUCCCCAUUUACUGAGCUUUGCAUUUACUUCCUACUAAUUGGAGGGUGG